CCAUCCCUCCGUUCACCGGCGCGAGGAUAGUGAGUGAGUGAGUGUGCAGUGAAGGGAAGCGAACCGUCAUUCUCCUUUCUUUGCUUCCUUUCAAGGGUGCGUGCAUCACUCGCGGGGGGAAAACGGCGCUCGCGACUCAACAAGUUCGCUCUCCGUUGGCUCGGUUCGACUUGACUUCGCUGCCCCGGUAUUCCUCCCAGGUUCAUUUUAUAUUUUUUUCAUCCCCGCUUUGCUACUCGAGAGGCGGACUGGGCGUCGCUGGAGAGGAUUUUGCUCGCCUGCCGCCGCACUAACCGAUUAAUCCUCGCCAUCUUUAGACGAUCUCUCGAGCUGUCGUCAUCCUCUGAGAUUUAAAUCAACCAGCUUUGGCCUGCAGAGACGGAACACCAUCAUUCAAAGGGGAGAUGAAGCCGGAUGGGGUUGCCACGGCAGCACUGGAGCCAAUGGAGACAUUGGACUCGAAUCCAGUGAAUGAGGCGGCACCGCCAGAAGGACAGGAGCCCGACCAAGCAGCUGCUCCCGCUGAGGAGAUGCCACAGCAUCCUGCUGGAGAUUUGGGUGCAGAGGAGCCCCAGGCAAAUAAGGGUAAGGAACCCCCAGCUGCCAAGACUGGCACCAAGGCGGCUGGUGACGCCAAACCCAAGGCCACCAACAAGGCCACUCCUAAGACUCCUAAGUCCAGCACCACAAGCUCACCCAAGACUCCAUCUGGCCCGCGUUCAAACACAUCCCAGAGCCGUCUGGCAAACGGCACGUCUAAGCCUCAGACUAACGGCAUGGUUAAGAAGACUACACCUGCUGCAGAAAAAAGGAGCACCCCAACCUCUGCUUCCUCCAAAAAACCCACCGGAACAGCAGUAGCACCACCUUCUAAGACCACUACUAAAGUUGGCGAGAAAAAGGCUCCAGGAACCCUCUCUGCCACCAACACCGCAAAGUCAACCACCGCAGCACUGGCAGCUAAAAAGACACCAUCCAGUGCUGCCAAUGGUGUCAAAUCCAGCACUGCUGCUUCUGCUGCUGCUUCUGCUGCAAAAAAGCCCCCAGCUUCCAAACCUGCCUCUGCAGCUCCAGCCAAGAAUAGCUCGGUUGCCUCGUCCAAGACGGACAAAACCCCGGUUUCCAAAGCCACCAGGCCCGGGUUAGGCACAGCACCAUCAUCCCGACCAGCUACUGGGUCAUCUCAGUCAGCCAGCACAACCAAGAACACUGCAGCUACAUCCAAACCUCCCACCCCUAAACCUGCCUCCACCUCUGUCAAGACUGCUACUCCAAAAUCAAGCGCCGCUACACCCUCUAGUGGCAAACCUCCUACAUCACAGUCAAGGAACACAACCCCGGUGAAAAAAGAUGUUACCAAACCAGCCACUCCAGCUGCCAAAAAAACUGUAGAAUCCCCUCUCGCUCGCCCUUCCCCUACAACGAAGUCAGCUAAACCCGAGACCCCCAAAACAAAGUCAGAUGUCUCCUCCAAAAAGCCUCCCACAAAUAAGGCUGUAGAAACAAAGACACCGAACCGCUCCAAACCACAAGAGAGUAAAGCCACACCUUCCAAGGAUGCAUCCAAGACCAAAACGGCUACAAAUAAGGCCUCCAGCCCCAAGAAGACAGUGGGAAGUACUACUCCAACUCCUGUCAAACGUGGUCCUAAAGUUGCGACAAUUAUUGAACGUGGAAAAGAAAUUGCUGGUAUAGUGGCUGCUGCUGCAACAAUUGCUACUGCAGCAUCUGUCUUUGCAAACCCAGAAGAGUCUCAGCCUCCCGUAGAAGAUGUUUUGGAGCCAUCUGAGCUCAAUGUUGAACCAGAACAAGAAAAAAGAGAGCCUGUACAGGAACCAUCUCCUGAGCCGGUGGUGGUGCGGGAACCAACCCCCGAGCCAGUCCAGGUGCGGGAACCAACCCCCGAGCCGGUGCAGGUGCGGGAACCAACCCCCGAGCCAGUGCAGGUGCGGGAACCAACCCCCGAGCCAGUGCAGGUGCGGGAACCAACCCCCGAGCCAGUGCAGGUGCGGGAACCAACCCCCGAGCCGGUGCGGGUUCCAACCCCCGAGCCGGUGCGGGUUCCAACCCCCGAGCCGGUGCGGGUUCCAACCCCCGAGCCGGUGCGGGUUCCAACCCCCGAGCCGGUGCGGGUUCCAACCCCCGAGCCGGUGCGGGUUCCAACCCCCGAGCCGGUACGGGUUCCAACCCCCGAGCCAGUGGUGAUGCGGGUACCAUCCCCCGAUCCGGUGCAGGUGCGGGAGCCUUCCCCCGAGCCGGUGGUUGUGCGGGAGCCUUCCCCCGAGCCUGUGGUGGUGCGGGAGCCAACCCCUGAGCCUCUCCGGGAACCAACACCUGAACCCGAGCGAGAACAAUCACCUGAGCUUGUAAAGAUGCAAGAACCAAUACCCGAACCCAUGCAGAUACGGGAACAAACACCAGAGCCCAUGAGGGAACCAUCUCCUGAACUGCUUCAAGAACAAAUACCUGAGCAAAGAAGUGAAGAAGCCACCAGGGUCCAGAUGUCACCUCAGAUGACCACUUUUAAAUUUGAAGACAACAGUUCAGUUCCCUCUUUGGGAACUACUGUCAUGUCUCCCCCAUGCUCCCCACCAGGCCCUGCCUCUCCUGUUAGAGAAUCACAGAAUGGCUCCUCUCUUGUGGACUUGGAUGUUCCCUCUGACUCCAUGGACAGGAACCAGUCUCCUGUUGGUCUGGCACCCCAGAUGUUGCUUAAUGUGAUGACAUUCCAAGCAGAGGAGGAGAAUGAAAAGGCAUACGAAGUUCAGGGGUUACAAGACUAUGAGAAGGAGGAGGAGGAUGAGGAGGAGGAACUAGACAAGGAAAGCAUGUUUAUGCCUACCUCCACAGCUCCAGGGGCCUUUUCCGCAGUUGGACAACCUCACAAUUUUGGUGCUUUGCCUUUGGAUGAUUUCGUCCACAGAGAACUGGUAUCCACUCAUGAAAAGGAGGAGGAGGUGGAAAAGGCUGAUGAGGAGAUCAAUGAGGAUGACGAUGAUGACGAUGAGUAUGAAGAAGAGAGGAGACCAGGCCACGCACUUUCAUCCUUGGUCACUGACAUGAGUACGUCUCAACCCUCUGAUGAGUUCCAGGUACGCUCAUCGGCAUUCGGGGGUUCGGCAGGUUGGCAUGGCGAUGACCUGCUGUCUGGGAUGGACUCCGAGGAUGUGAGCAGCUGCACCAGCAGCCGGCAGCAGGGAGUGUCUGACCUCAGCAGCACUCUGCAUACUGCUAUAUUAGAGGGCACCCAGAGCUCUGACGCCUUGAUUGACUCCAGCCUCAGAGGCUCUGAAGGAGAUGGGAAUCUCAUGGGUUCUCCCAAUGUGGAAACCCUGGCCAAUGAGGAAGAAGAGGAUGAGGAUGAUGAGCGGGUGGACGAUAUGGACUUGAGCUCGGAGCAAGCAGAGGAGCAUCACAAAGUGUUCCAGGAGCACAAACAAGACGAGGAAGAUGACGAAGAUGUGGAGAUGCACAGCGAAGGCGUGACGGAGAGCGGUGGCAAUGUCGACGAUGACUUUAACGAGGAGGAGCACUUGGACAACCUGACCCAGUCUGGUCCCCUCUCUGGUGUUCCCCCGGCAUCCUCCUGGGGUCAAGCAAACCUCUUCUCAGAUACCUGGGCUCAACCAGCCUCCCUGCUCUCCAUGUCGUCCCCCAGCCCCGUGUCUGACCACGACGCCGCUGAAUCCGAGACGCCCACCCAGUCUCCUGCUCAGGCGUGUGUGGACAGCAGUGCCCCUUCCUUCCCCCUGCCGACAGAGCAGGAACCCCAGCACCAUCACCCAGCACACCAAGAGGCUCAUGACUUCGUCGCCCCUCCAGCUGUAGGCAUGUCCCAGUCCGGUACUCCGGGUGAGACCGCUCCACCUGCUCACAGCGGCAGCGAGACGAGCACUCCCGAGGACCUCCGUGAUUACGACAGCAGCUCUGGAGUAGAGUCCCGCUCUGAUAAACAACAGACCCCAGUGCCAACAUCAGUUCAGCCUGACAUGGACCAGGAUUUAGGCAUUCAUUUGGAGAAAGGUGAUGGAGAGGAGGAAGAGGCUGAGACUCUUCCUGCAGACGAGGUGCUUGGAACAGGACCCCCUACAGCUCCUGCGUCCGUCCCUUCCUCCCCCUCUUCUUCCGGCGACGAGGCCAGUGACACGGAGGGGGAGAUACAGAUCAACGACCCAGAGGGACCUAUGAUGAUGGAUGAAAGGGCUGCGUUUGACAGCCCCCCACCCAACUGUAGCUUGCCAGCUCUGGAGGAGGAUGAGGAGGCAGGAGAUCUACCAGCUGACGAGGGUGAAGAGGAUGGAGGUGGCGCCACCCCGCAGUCAGCCAAUUCUGUGGCCUCAUAUGGCUUCGACUGCACCACGUCUAACUCCAACGCCCACUCCAUGGCUGAGAGCUGCGGAAAGAGCCCAGGGAUCUUCUCCCUUGAAAAUGAAGAACAGCUUCCAGAGGAGGCCAAGGACCCCUCCCUGAUCAAGGAGCUGACCCUGCCGUCAUCAACUGCUGCGGCUCUGGCCGAAGACCUGCUGGGCAACCCCGUGGACCUGAUCCCUCUGGGCCGUCAGGGAGACAACUUUCCUUGUCUGGAUGAGCACCACCACUUCUUGCUCGGAGGAAAGCUCUCAGCAGAUCACCGGGAGAAGGCAAAUCCGCUGGAGGGCAGCGAGGAGCUCGUGGACCAAGAAUGUGGAGACUCCGACAACGGCCCGGCACCUUACUUCUCCACCAUAUGUGAUAAGACUGAUAGUUUUCUGGAAGGAGACGCGAAGACCUCUGAAGUGGACGAAGACUGCAAGUGGCAAGCACGCACUCGGGAAGACAACCGGAACCAGAACUACUCUCCCUCUGUUCCAGUAGCCAAUGGCCACUACUUGGCACUGGUGCCCGGCAACAGGAGACCCAUUGAUCCAGCACUGGCGGAGCAUUUUUCAAGGAUCGCCCCCCCUGCAUGUCCCCCCAAAACCAGCCCUGAGAGCAGUUACAUCAUUGCAGAGCAGCUGAGGAGGCUGGAGCAGCAUCGUCAGGAGCAGGAGAGACAGAAGAAGCAGUGGCUGGAGGAGGAGCGGCUCAGGCUGGAGCAGCAGAAGAAGCUGGAGAAGCAGCGCAGAGAGCUCCUCCAGCUGCAACUGCAGCAACAGCAGCAGGAGCACCGUCACCGCAGGCAGGUCCUGCAGUGGCAGCUGGAGCUGGAGCACCAGUACCGCAUGCAGCAGAAGCAGAUCCAGCAGCAGCAGCAGCUGAGGAGGAGCCCGACCGGCGUGAUGCUGUCGCCGUCGUCUGGGCUCUGCACCAUCUAUGAAGCCAUGGAAACCAGCGACGAGGAGGACGAGGUCGGCGGAGAGCAGAACAGGAACGUUCAGGCGCGACGGAGGAGGGUGCUACAGUCCCGAGGCGUCUCGCCGGACCUCCAGAGGCAGCUGCAUCCUGUGCCCCAGCAGGACCUGGAAUGGAACAAGAAGGUGGACAUGGUCCAGCAGCUCAUCAACCAGUCCUUGAUGCUGUCAGACGACGGCAGCUGCCCCCCUCUCCUGCUCCUCCCCGUGGGGAGCGGGGGGACCCUAAGCCCCCUGAAAAGCAGCAUGUGGCCAAACCUUCCUCCACAGUUCAACCCUCCUACAGCUACAGUGACCUCCGUCAGCAGCUACUCUCCAGACAGCCGGGGCAGCUCUCCAGCCGGAGACUGGACUGUGGUGGAGGUGGAGACCCAGCACUGAGUCAGCCAAUCAACGCACGCUCACUUAUUUUCUAACUUCACAGAAGGAUACCAAAAAUGUCACUUCAAUCUAUAUCACAAUGCAUCAUCACUGGUAGAAAUCUUAAUUGGAGAUAACGACUCCUCAAGCUGUUGAAUGAUUUUUAAGUUUGGUCGAAGUAGGAUUUAUGAGUGUAAGCCGGGCAUACACUGUACGAUAUUUUCAGUCGUGGUACUCAUACGGCUCAAACUGUACGACGACACGGCAGGGUUUAAAAGUUCACCGCUCACGAUAUCUGUUCUUACACUGUACGGCCCGAUGCUCUGAUACGACCCGACUGCUCACACUGUACGUUCAAAACCACACGUCGAACUCAGCCCCAUAGAGAGAAUGCGCU